CCAGCAGCUUCGUUUCUUUCUCACUCAUUGGCACAACAAGAGAAACCUGAAAUUGCGCAAUCGUUGAAAUUGAAAGAUAGAGAAAAAUGGCGUCGCUUUUGAAAUCGUUCAUCGAUCCGAAGAAGAACUUCCUCGCUCGUAUGCAUAUGAAAGCCAUAUCUACUCGCCUCCGCAGAUACGGUCUGAGGUACGAUGAUCUGUACGAUCAAUAUUACAGCAUGGACAUCAAAGAGGCUAUGAACAGAUUGCCCAGGGAGGUUGUUGAUGCUCGUAACCAGCGUCUCAAGCGUGCCAUGGACCUCUCCAUGAAGCACGAGUAUCUCCCCAAGGAUCUUCAGGCGGUGCAGACCCCAUUCCGUGGCUAUCUUCAGGAGAUGCUGGCUCUUGUUGAGAGGGAAAGCAAGGAACGAGAGGCCUUGGGAGCUCUACCACUAUACCAGCGCACGCUCCCAUAAGCAUUAUAUUUCCUCCUAAAGUUGUGGUCAACACAGCUUCUCUCCAUAAAUCUCCAAAUGGAUUACAUUUAUAUUCAGUUUCUGGAAUGAGCUAUUUUUACUUGAGAAAAGCAUAAAUCUGUGAUAGUUUUCCUAAAUGGAUUAUGUUGCCAAGUUACAUUUUUCACGUUUGCUGGCUUGAAUAAAAUGGACGACGCAACUUAAGUCUGUCUCAAUUAUUAUUAUA